GCUGGGAGCACUUUGGUCAGAUCAACUGUAGGGAGUGAGGGACAGUCUGGUCCGGUCUCUUCUGGCCCUUUCUCCCUGCAGCAUGGGGAAAAAUAACCUCCUUCACCCAAGUCUUGUUCUCCUCCUCCUGGUCCUCCUGCCUGCAGGUGCCUCCGCCUCUGGAAAACCAAACUACAUGGUGCUGGUCCCCUCCCUGAUCCACACUGGGACACCUGUGAAGGGCUGCCUACUUCUGAGCCAGCUGAAUGAGACAGUGACUGUAACUGCUUCUUUGGAGGCUCUCAGGGAAAACAGGAGCCUCUUCACUGACCUGGUGGUGGAGAAGGAUUUAUUCCACUGCAUCUCCUUCACUGUCCCUGUGUCUUCAUCCAUUGAGGAAGUAAUGUUCCUCACUGUCCAAGUAAAAGGAGCAACCCAAGAAUUCCGGAGACGGACCACAGUGUUGAUUAGACCCAAAAACAACCUGGUCUUUGUACAGACAGACAAACCCAUCUACAAACCAGGGCAGACAGUGAAAUUUCGUGUUGUAUCAUUGGAUGAAAAUUUUCGCCCACAGAAUGAGUUGAUUCCACUACUAUACAUUCAGGAUCCCAAACUUAAUCGCAUUGCACAAUGGCAGAAUAUCAAGUUAACCAGCGGCCUCAAGCAACUGUCCUUUGCUCUCUCAUCAGAGCCCUUUCUGGGCUCCUACAGGAUUGUGGUACAGAAGACAUCAGGCAUAAGGAGAGAUCACUCCUUCACUGUGGAGGAAUUUGUGCUUCCCAAGUUUGAAGUGAAAGUGACAAUGCCAAAGAUAAUCACUUUCCUGGAAGAAGAGGUGAAUGUUUCAGUGUGUGGCAUAUACACCUAUGGGAAGGCUGUCCCAGGACAUGUGACUAUGAAAAUCUGCAGGAAGUAUAGUAACCCCACCAACUGCUAUCAUGAAGAGUCCCAGGCAUUCUGUGAGAAAUUCAGUCACCAGCUAAACAGUGAUGGCUGCUUCUCUUGGCAAGUGAAAACCAAAGUCUUUCAGCUGAAGAGGCAAGAGUAUGAAAUGAAACUUCAAGUUGAGGCCAAUAUCCAGGAAGAUGGAACAGGAGUGAAAUUAACUGGAACAGGGUCCAGCAAAAUCACAACAACCAUAACUAAACUCUCAUUUGUGAAAGUGGAUGCUUAUUUCAGACCAGGGUUAUCCUUCUUUGGGCAGGUGCUCCUUGUAGAUGGGAAAGGCAUCCCUAUGCCGAAUAAAACCAUCUCCAUCAGAGCAAAUGAAGCUAACUAUAAUUCCGCUGCUACUACUGAUGAGCAAGGUCUGGUUCAAUUCUCCAUCAACACUACUAAUGUUAUGGGCACCUCCCUCACUGUUCGGGCCAAAUACAAGGAUCAGAGGCCCUGUCAUGACUACAGAUGGCUCUCAGAAGAUAAUCAAGAAGCACAUCACACUGCUCAACGUGUAUUCUCCCUAAGCAACAGCUUUGUCCACCUGGAGCCUCUGUCACAUGAACUUCCCUGUGGUCAAACUCAGAUGAUUCGAGCACAUUAUAUUUUGAAUGAACAGGUUGUACAGGAGCUAACAGAGCUCACCUUUUACUAUCUGAUAAUGGCAAAGGGAGGCAUUGUUCUAACUGGGACUCAUACGCUGCCUGUGGAGCAGGGUAACAUGAAAGGGCAUUUUUCUGUGUCAAUCCCUGUGGAGUUAAACAUAGCUCCCAUUGCACGACUGCUCAUCUAUACCAUUUUACCUGAUGGGGAAGUAGUUGGGGAUUCUGAAAAAUAUAAGGUUGAAAACUGUCUGGUCAACAAGGUGAAUCUGGGCUUCAGCCCAGCACAAGGUCUCCCGGCCUCACACGCCCAGCUGCGAGUCGAGGCUUCUCCUCAGUCCCUUUGCGCCCUCCGCGCUGUGGACCAAAGUGUGCUGCUCAUGAAGCCUGAGGCCGAGCUGUCCUCAUCCGCGGUUUAUAACCUGCUACCACUAAAAGACCUCACUGGCUUCCCUGACCGUUUGAAUGAGGAUGAAGACGACAGCGAUUGUAUCAGUUACCAUACUAUCUAUAGAAAUGGAAUCAUGUAUUCUCCGGUAUCAAACACAAAUGAAAAAGAUAUGUAUAGCUUUCUACAGGAUAUGGGCUUAAAGGUAUUAACCAACUCAAGGAUUCACAAACCUGAAGUAUGUUCAAAAACGGAGGUGUAUGAACCGGAUGUCUUCCGACAUUCAGAGCCAGUUGCAAUGAGCAGCAGACUGUUAGGCAAUGUAAAAGAAACGAGGGUUUCAGAGGCUCACAGAGAAACAGUCCGAAAGUACUUCCCUGAGACGUGGAUCUGGGACCUGGUGGUGGUGGACUCAUCAGGUGUGGCUGAAGUAGGAGUCACAGUUCCUGAUACCAUCACUGAGUGGAAAGCAAGCGCCCUCUGCCUGUCCAAUGACACCGGAAUUGGUCUGUCUCCCAUUGCUUCUCUCCAAGCCUUCCAGCCCUUCUUUGUGGAGCUUACAAUGCCCUACUCUGUGAUCCGUGGAGAAGCCUUCACACUCAAGGCUACUGUCUUAAACUAUCUUCCCAAAUGCAUCCAGGUCAGUGUGCAGCUGGAAGACUCUUCCCAAUUCCUAGCUGUCCCAGUGAAGGAGAAACAAGAGUAUCAUUGUAUCUGUGGGAAUGGGCGGCAAACUGUGUCCUGGAAAGUAACUCCAAAGUCAUUAGGAAGUGUGAAUUUCACUGUAAGCGCAGAGGCACUGGAGUCUCAAGAGCUAUGUGAGAAUGAGGUGGCUGUGGUUCCUGAACAUGGGAAGAAAGACACAAUCAUCAAGCCCCUAUUAGUUGAACCUGAAGGACUAGAGAAGGAAGAAACAUUCAACUCCCUGCUUUGUCCAUCAGGUGGUGAGUUAUCUUACCAAUUAUUCCUAGAGCUGCCACUAAAUGUGGUAAAUGAAUCUGCCCGAGCCUCUGUUUCAGUUUUGGGAGACAUAUUAGGCUCUGCCAUGCAAAACACACAGAAUCUCCUCCAGAUGCCCUAUGGUUGUGGAGAACAGAAUAUGGCUCUCUUUGCUCCUAACAUCUAUGUUCUGGAUUAUUUAAAUGAAACACAGCAGCUGACUCCAGAGAUUAAGUCCAAAGCCAUUCACUAUCUCAACACUGGUUACCAGAGACAGCUGAAUUACAAGCACCAUGAUGGUUCCUACAGCACCUUUGGGGAGAGAUACAGGGGUGAGGGCAAUACAUGGCUCACAGCCUUUGUUCUGAAGACUUUUGCACAGGCCCGAGCAUAUAUUUUCAUCGAUGAAGCGGACAUUACCCGAGCCCUCCUGUGGCUCUCCAAGAAGCAGAAGGAUAAUGGCUGCUUCAAGAAAUCUGGGUCACUGUUCAACAAUGCCAUGAAGGGAGGAGUAGAUGAUGAAGUGACUCUCUCCGCCUAUAUCGCCAUUGCUCUGCUGGAGAUUCGUCUCCCAGUCACGCAUCCUGUUGUUCGCAAUGCCUUGUUCUGCCUGGAGUCAGCCUGGAAGUCCAUAAAAGAAGGAGCCCAUGGCAGCCACGUCUACACCAAGGCACUGCUGGCCUAUGCUUUUGCCCUGGCAGAUAACCAGGGAAAGAGGAAAGAAGUACUCAAGUCACUUGAUGAGGAAGCUGUGAAGAAAGAUAACUCAGUCCAUUGGGAGCGACCUCAGAAACCAACGACACCAAAAACCAAGGCUCCCUCUGCCGAGGUGGAGAUGACGUCCUAUGUGCUCCUUGCUCACCUCUCAGCCCGGCCUGCCCCAACCUCGGAGGACCUGACUACUGCAACGCUCAUUGUACAGUGGAUCACAAAGCAGCAGAAUGCCCAAGGCGGCUUCUCCUCCACCCAGGACACGGUGGUUGCUCUCCAUGCUUUGUCCAAAUAUGGAGCAGCCACUUUUACUAGGACUGAGAAGGCUGCAGAGGUGACCGUCCAGUCUUCAGGGACAUUUUCCACAAAAUUCCAAGUGAACAACAACAACCGCCUAUUACUACAACAGGUCUCAUUGCCAAAGUUGCCUGGGGAAUACAGCGCAAGUGUGGCGGGAGAAGGAUGUGUCUACCUGCAGACAUCCUUGAAAUACAAUGUUCUCCCAGAAAAGGAAGAUUUCCCAUUUGCCUUAGGGGUGCAAACUCUGCCCCAAACUUGUGAUGGACCCAAGGCCCACAGCACCUUCCAGAUCUCAAUGAAUCUCAGUUAUACUGGGAGCCGUCCUAUCUCAAACAUGGUCAUCGCUGAUGUGAAGAUGGUAUCUGGCUUCAUUGCCCUGAAACCAACGGUGAAAAUGCUUGAAAGAUCUGACCAUGUGAACCGGACGGAAGUCAGCACCAACCAUGUCUUGAUUUACCUGGAUAAGGUAUCAAACCAAACACUGAGCUUGUCCUUCACAGUUGUGCAAGAUAUUCCAGUAAUCGAUCUGAAGCCAGCCAUAGUGAAAGUCUAUGAUUACUAUGAGACAGAUGAGUUUGCAAUUGCUGAGUACAAUGCUCCUUGCAGCAAAGAUGGAGGAAAUGCUUGAAGGCCAUAUCAAUGACAGUUGCUUGACUGGCGUCCCUGUUCUCAAGACAUGAGAAAAAAAAAAGACAUCAGAAAAAAAAAAAAAAACGAUUUUUGUAUCUCCAAAGGCUUAGGGUUGGGUUAAUUUUAUGAGUAUAAAAAUUAGAUGAAAAUUUAUCUCUGUAAAAAAUAAGAAUGGGAAAUGAGGAGGUAGGAGAAGGAAAGCAGGAGUAUGGGUGGGAGGGAGGGUUGGGGGGGAGAAUCAUCAUGUUCCUGAAUCUGCAUAUAUUAAAUGCAUGAAGUUGUAUUCUUUAAACAAAAUAAAAUAGUAAUAACAGACUUAACGAAUAAACCUUUUUCUGAUCAA